CCGCAGCGGACGCAGCGGGGCAGGAGAGGGAGCGAGAGCUGGCGGAGUACCGGCGGCUGCUGCAGGACCCCGGUCCGGACGUCCUCGUGAUCGACGAGGCGCACGUGAUCAAGAAUGAGAAGAACCAGCUGCGCGCGGUCCUCGCCGGCGUGCGCACGAUGCGGCGCGUGUUGCUGACGGGGACGCCGCUCCAAAACAACUUGCGCGAGUACUUCCACAUGGUGGACUACGCGUCGCCAGGCGAGCUCGGCGACCUCGACACCUUCAAGAGGCUGUACGAGAGCACCAUCACCGACGGCCAGUUCCGGUACGGCGAGGACGACGACGAGUCGCGCUCGCAAAGGGCAAAGACGCGGCGCGAGGCAAAGAAGCGGCGCAAGGACAUGUCCAAGCGUAUCUGGGCCCUCACGCGCAAGCUCGACAAGCUGGUGCAGCGGCGGGGCGUCGAGGUGCUGCAGCGCGACCUGCCGCGCUCGCAGCAGUACGUGAUGGUCCUGCGGCCGACGCCGACGCAGCGCGCGCUCUACAACGCCAAGGUCGAGUCGAUGGCCGGGCGGCAGCAGCUCUUCGAGUUCAUGACCGACAUGCUCCGCAUCUACAACCACCCCGCGGCCCUCCUCGACCCAAAGACGCUCGCCCCGAACGCCAAGCUCGUCGCGAAGGCCGCCGCCGCCGCCAGCAUCGACGCCGCCGCCGCCGCCGCCGCCGCCGGGGCCGCCGCCGGGGGCGCGCCGUCCCCGCACUUCCCGCCGGCCGCGCCGGCCGGCGGCCCGGAGGGAUGGGGUUAA